AUGCGGUCUCUGUCACAGAUGCGUUCUCAGAACGGCUACGGGUGCGACGAUGUCAACGAUGCGGAAGACGAGGAGGAUGACGAGGAGGGCGCAUCCUCCUCCUCGGAUCCAGAGGCUCAGCGGGAGAAGAGGAACAAGAAGGAGAGGGACGAGUUCGAGGUCACCUUCGAGGGCGGCACUGCCGACCCAUGGAACCCGCGCAACAGAGGCACGCCGCGCAAGUGGAUGAUCGUGACGCUCGCGUCCGCAGGGAGCUUCUGCGUGACCUGCGCCUCGUCCAUCUACACGCCGACAUACACCCAGAUGGAUGCGGAGUUCGGCUGCAGCCACAUCGUGGCCACGCUGGGCCUGUCGACGUUCGUGCUGGGCAUCGCCCUGGGACCCAUGUGGAGUCCCCUCUCUGAGUUCUACGGGCGGCGGCCUAUCUACCUGGCCGCCUUUGCCGUCUUCACCAUCUGGAUCAUCCCGUGCGCCGUGUCGAGGAAUAUCCAAACCGUCAUCAUCGCCCGCUUCUUCCAGGGCCUGUCGGGGAGCGCCUUUCUCAGCGUGAGCGGCGGCACCGUCAGCGAUCUGUUCGCCCCGGACAAGAUGCAUCACCCCUUGACGUUAUUCACCGCUGCGCCGUUCCUAGGCCCUUGUGUCGGGCCUUUGAUGGGUGGUUUCAUCAACUCGAAUGUGAACUGGCGGUGGACGCACUAUGUUAUGAUCAUCUGGGCGUCUUGCAUGUUCCUGGCCAUCUUCUUCUUCGUGCCAGAGACGUACCAUCCGGUUAUCCUGCGAAAGAAGGCCAUGCACAUCCGCAAAGAAACCGGCGAUGACCGCUGGAAGGCUCCCAUCGAGAAGUCCAACAAGUCCAUGAUUCGCACCGUGGGUUACUCCCUCCUCCGGCCCUUCCAGAUCCUCAUUUUCGAGCCCAUGGCACUGAUCCUCGACCUUUACUCGGCCAUCCUCCUCGGGAUCCUGUACCUGUUCUUCGGCGCUUUCCCCUUCGUCUUCGAGGGAGCCUUUGGCUUCAACCUCUGGCAGACGGGUCUGACCUUCCUGGGUAUGCUGUUUGGCAUGCUCAUAGCUUCGCUGACGAGCGGCCUCUGGAUGGACGUCCGUAGGAGGCUCGUCGAGAGGAACGGCGGCAAGAUCGAGCCCGAGUUUAGGCUGCCGGCUGUCAUUGUUGGCUCUGUGUUUGUGACAGUGGGACUAUUUUGGUUUGCAUGGACGACAUUUUCUUGGCUACACUGGAUCUUGCCGAUUAUUGGAUCUGGUAUAUUUGGACUAGGGGUGAUCCUGAGUUUCUCCGGCACGUUCACAUACCUGGUCGAGACGUACCCUGUGUAUGCCGCUAGCAGUCUGGCCGCUAAUGCAUUCACGAGGUGUCUAUUUGCAGCUGCGUUCCCCUUGUUCGGCACGCAAAUGUACGAAAAACUGGGCGACCAGUGGGCGACUUCCCUGCUGGCCUUCCUGACGGCGGCCAUGUUGCCGUUCCCUGUGCUCUUCUUCAAGUUUGGCAAGAGGAUCCGCGCUCAUUCGCGGAUGGCGACGGCCGCGUAA